GGACUUUUAUUUUGAAGGCUGCUGUUUGCGUAGCUAAAAGUCCUGAUGUGGAAGCCGGUGUGGUAACUUAGCAGGUGAAAGCUUCGAGCGCUAAAACAACACAAAUAAAACAGUGUGUAACCAUGGACACGGACUCGUCCCUCCUGAACAGUGAGCUGGAACAGCAGCGGCAUGAAGAGCUUUACCAGCAGCUCUUACUGCAGACCAUGGGAAAAAUCCAGAAUGAAGGUCCUCCCUCCAAAGUCAUCCGCCCACAGCCAGGCAUGUGUUUGAAGACCUCCUCUCAGAAAGAUCAGCAGAAAGUCUUCGUAAAUAUCUGUCAGUCUUGGGACGUCCCUCCCCCUCCCGAACUCUCCCAGGAUGCAUUGGUGGAGCUCUUAGAGUCGGAUGACCCCACAGGAUACAAAGUACCUAUGAGCCUUGGUGAAGCCCACAUUGAAAUGGACAACAGUCUCAACAGCUGCACUGUCUAUGAUGUUGUGAUUAAUGAGGAAUUCUUCCAGAAAUGCCAGAAAGACACUUUGUUCCAGCAGUUUUUGGUUGCUGUGUCUCUAGAAGGUCUGGAGAACAAGUACAGCUUGGAGCUGAGCCGAGACGUAAAAAUAUUGAAAAACAGAAAGUUCAUGGGUUCUUUGACGGAGCAGAACGUUCGCACCAAGAGCAAACCAAUCAUUCAGGAGAUCUCAAAACAGUCCCAGUCACAGCCGUCUGAAGCCAAAAGACCAGAGUUCUGCCUAUGGGUAGAGCCCCCAAUUGGACCUCCAGAGUUUCUGAUAGCUGAGAUCCAGCUGCCUGGAGUUUCUUCUGCUCGCUCUCUCCUGCUGGAUCUGGGAGAGGACAGACUGGUGUUGAACGCACGGCCGUCUCUCUUUCAGCUGGAUAUUUUCUUUCCUUUCCUUGUUAACCAAGAGAGCAGUGCUGCCCAGUACAACACCAACAGCCAGGUCCUUACCGUAACCAUGCCUGUGGUGUCUUCAUAAACCUACUGAAAAGAUAUUUAUUACCAAUAAAACCUUCAUAUUUUGUACCAUGA